GAGAAAAAGUGUUUCCUUAUCAAGGUUUAUAACGAUCUUAUAAGAUACAUCGAAGCUAAGAUCCUACUAAAUAAGUCCUCUAAGUCCAUUAAGUCCUUUAUCUUACAAUAUAUCCUUUUUAUAGUUGUUGAUAGAGGCUCUAAGUUUAAAGGCGAAGUUAAGGAGAUCCUUUAUAAGCUAGGCAUUAAGAGAGUUAUUAUUUUGCUAUACAUUUUAUAUACAAAUAGUGUAAAUGAGGCUAGCUAUAUCCUAAUUGCUAUCUCGUUUAUAAAGAUAACUAAUAGUAUAGAAAAGAGGUAG